UUCGAUUACACCUAUGUUUCUGUUGGCAACUCACCUCAGCUCCUCGCUCACCUCUGAUAGUUAGCAGAGCCUAGACUGCUGGUGACGCUCCGACGCACAGCGGGCUCGAAUAGGCAUGGCCAAGGCCGCUUAUCUUUAUUCUCGAGUCGGGCGGCAGGGAGUGCGGUGCGGAACUACUAUCGCGUGGUUCCGCGGGGAAGUGCUGUCAGAGACGAUAUUAAGCGACGUAGGCUGACCGAUUCGCCGAGAGACGGCGGCGCUAAGUAGCGGUGCGGUAGCGUGAGUGAGGAAAAAAAGGCUGCGAGUGACGUCGAAUGGUGGAAAUUGUUGUAUAACGAGUGGGAGUUCGUGGGCCUCCAGACGUGUAACUGAGUCCGUCUUUGGCGGGGAAAAGUGGCGUAAUCCGACGGCUAGAUAUCCGAGACGUUCAACGAAACAGUUCAACUUCACUUCUAUUCGCGUGGGUGUUAGAUAUCUGUCAUUCUGUCCGGCUCAUUCAGCAGCGUAAGGGCCGUUCGUUCGUUAGUGGUGUCCUCUUGCCGAUUCCUGCCGAGGAUCUCAAUUCUACAAGUUCCUUCCAAUCUUUAGGAGCGGUUGAGUCGACAGGCUAGUACCAGAAUCGUUGCCGCGAAAGUCUUCGAUGAAUUAUGAUGACCCGGAGAUGGCUGGGAUGACGACCAGCAGACUCCGGAAUUGGGCCAAUCUGGGAUCAUCCCUCGGGAACAUCAGGCCGCUCGAGGGAUUUCCACCCUGGGAGACGGGAUUCCUCGGUGGAACGCACAUGGCUGCGGCUUCCGAAGCAGCGCUGGCGGCGGGUCCAGCAAUUUCGGGCUCUGCAUUAGCAGCGAGUCUUUCGGGAGCAGCGCUUUCGGCCUCUGCUUUAGUAUCGGGUCUUUCCGGCGCUACGUUGACGGCGAGUGCCGCGCCCGUCAUCGUUAACGGCUCGCUGGUAGCAGGUCACGGCAUUCCUGCCGGCCUGGCCGGCAUGUGCGUCGGCAGAUCCGGCGGAAUGACGCAGCUGCUGCCGCCGGCAGCGCCGGCCUUGCCGCCGCAAUCAUUCCCGCUACAGCCGUACCCAUCGCAGCCACGCAUCCCCAGCAGCACCGGAGCGACGCAGCUUUUGGCGGGCUCCGCGGUUGGGGGGGGAGCCGCGGUAGUCGGAGCCGCAACCGCAGCCGCAACCGCAGCAGCGACGGCGGCAGCGGCAGCAGGAGUCGGCGGAGGACGGGCCGCGCCGUCGCACCUCCCGCCGCCGCCACCGCCAGCGGCGCACGCGCUGGCGCCGUUUCUGAGCAAGACGUACGAGCUGGUGGACGAUGCGGCGACGGAUGGCGUGGUGGCGUGGACGGGUAGCGGCGUGAGCUUCGUGGUGUGGCAGCCGGCGGAGUUCGCGCGCGACUUGCUGCCGCUCUACUUCAAGCACAGCAACUUUUCGAGCUUCGUGCGCCAACUCAACACCUACGGCUUCCGGAAAGUGGACCCGGACCGUUGGGAGUUCGCUAAUGAGUGCUUCGUUAAAGGCAAGCCGCACCUGCUGCACUCCAUCCAGCGCCGCAAGGCGUCCAGCAUUCCUAACAACGGAAACAGUAACGGUAAAAUUAACGUUAACAGUUACGUUAACAGUAACAGCACACUCGCCGCCACUUCGGCUGUCUUCAACGGCCCUCUCUCCCGCCCUACCCCAGAUCUACCUCCUCCCACUGCCGCGAUUCUCAACCCUCUCCCUCCGCCUCUUCCCCCCUCCCCCUUUGCCGCGGCCUCCGCUGCCUCUGCUGCUGCUGCUGCUUCUGCGGCCGCUUCCGCCGCCUCUGCCGCCUCUGCUUCUUUCAUUGCAAGGAGGUACCGGCACCAACAGCAGCUGCUGUUUGGUGGUUGGAGCGGGAGUGGGGGUGGGGGCGAAGAGGACAUGGUGGCUGCUGACGUCAGAGGGGGCAUCCUUUCUACAGGUCUUGGCACAAGCAGCUCCAAAAACGCCAGCACCGAUGUCCUGGCAACUCUUGGAGUCAACUUGGUCAAUGGGGCCAUUGGGGAAGUCAAUGGGGUAAACGGCGUGAGGACUAUGAGUGGCAUGUACGGAGCCUAUCCUACCAACGGCAUGGGUCUGAUAAGUGGGCUGGAUGCGAUCGACGCAGCGAGCAGUCAAGCCGUGGGCGGUAUGGCUGGCAUGGCUGGCAUGGCUGGCAUGGCUGGCAUGGCUGGCAUGGCUGGCAUGGCUGGCAUGACUGGGAUGGCUGGCAUGGCUGAUGCCGUGCCUGCUGACAUCACUGGUAUGGCUGCAAUGGCUGCUACAGCUGGCAUGGCUGAUACAGCCGGCAUGGCUGCUACAGCUGGCAUGACUAGCAUAACUGGUGCUGGUAUGACUGGCAGCACAGCUGCUGGAGGAUUCGCUGCUACAGCCGGCAUGACUGCUACAGCUGGCAUGACUGGCAUGACUGGCAUGACUGGCAUGGCUGGCAUGGCUGGCUUGACUGGCAUGGCUGGCAUUGCGGGUAGCAUGACGUCAUACAACCCCGCCAGUCGCAUGGUAGAGGUGGGCGCACUCGGCCUCUCCAAAGAGCCGAGCCAGUUGCAGGGGGACAUGGGAGGAGUGCUGAUGCGAGGAAACCAGCAGCGCGACCAGCAGCGGGAGCAGCAGCUUUCCAAUGGCGGGGUGCCUCAAAACAUGGUGGAGUUGGGCGCGUUCGGCCUCUCGGAAGAGCUGAGCCAGCUGCGGCGCGACAGAGGCGUGCUGAUGCGCGAGCUCCUGCGGUCCCGGCAGCAGGCAGUGGUCAGCGCAGAGAAGAUGGCGCUUUUAGAGGCCAACAUGGCGGCGCAGGAGCAGCGGCAGCAACACAUGACGGCGUUUCUCGCUCACGCGCUCAACAACCCGACUUUCCUCACAGGGAUCUCGCAGCUUCAGGGGCAAAUGCUGCUGCGGGCGAGCAGGGAGGGCAGCAGCAGUGGGAGCGGGAGCGCGGGUAUUGGAGGACCUGGGGGGAAUGGGGUUGGGGUGAACAAGGGGAGUCCCAAGAGGAGUGGUAUCAGUGCGAGUGGGAGCAGUAGCAAUGGAGGGGGGAGGAGUGGGAGCAGGAGUGGCAGGGAUGUGAGUGUGAGCGGGAGUGAUAGUAGAGGGGGGUAUGGCACCGGUGGUGGUGGUGGGAAGGGGAGUCCUGAGGGGUUGAUAGCGGUUACUGCUGGGUUCCGUGCGGCUGGUAUCGGCACUAAUGGUCGUGCUGGUGCUGCUGUCGGUGCUUCUGAUAUCGCUGCUACGGCUGCCGCUGCUGCUGCCACUGCUGCUGCCACUGCUGCUGCCACUGCUGCUGCCACUGCUGCUGCGACUGCUGCUGCAGCUGCUAGCGCCAAGGCUCCGGCGGGAGUGACGGGGAUGGAUGUGGAUGGGGCCACGGAUGGGGGCUUGGAUGGGGGCACGGAUGGGGCCACGGAUGGAGUUAUGGAGGGAGGGAGGGAUGGGCGGAUGGGGGGAGGGAACACGCAUAAACGGGGCUUUGACAGCCGAAGCAUGGGCUUCAUCUUAAACGGUAUGGGAGCCGGCAUGGGCAUGGGAGCGGGCAUGGGCAUGGGCAUGGGUGACGGGGAGGGCGGAAUGGGAGGAAUGGGAGGAAGGGGAGGAGUGGGAGUAAGUGCGAGUGCGGGAGUGAAUCUGUUUCCCCCCCACGGCAGCAAGGCCGCAGGGGGGGGUGUAUACUUCGUGACUGGGCCGGGCAACAUGGGCAUGCACUCGCAGAUUUUUUUCAAGCGCCACAAGAACAGCAGCGGGAGCAGCGGCGGGGGGAGCGGCGGCGGGAGCACCGGGGGGCCCAGUGGCAGCAGCAGCAUGGGAGUUGGGAGCGGGAGUGGAACGAGGAGGGGGGGUGCUGGCACUGCGGCUGCUGCUGGUGUAGGUGCUGCUGGUGUAGGUGCAACUGGUGAAGGUGCAGCUGGCCUAGGUGGGGGGAAUGUCACUUCCCCUGGGUUUGACCAUGUUGGUUCGCCGCCUUCCAAGAGCUUUCUCCCUGGCCUUGCAGGAGCGGACAUGCAUCACCUAUUUUAUCCCCCUGCUGCUGCUGCUGGUAGUAAGGCCGCUGCUGCUGCUGCUGCUGCUGGUAGUAAAGCCGCUGCUGCUGGCAGUAAAGCCGCCGCUGCUGCUGCCGCUGGUAGUAAAGCCGCCGCUGCUGCUGCCGCUGGUAGUAAGGCUGAUGAUGCUGCUGCCUCGGCUGCUGCUGCAUCUACUGCUGCAGCAUCUGCCUCUGCUGCUGCUGCUGAUAAAGCCGCUGCCAACAACAACAGCAUGAGCACCCAGCAGCAGCAGCGCGAGCCCGCGGACGGUCUCGAGACCGCUUAUAACGAGUACGGUUUCAGCGAGCUGUUAGCCAACCCGUUCGACCGCUCGCCACCCCCAGGAUUCACUAUGGAGCGAUUCGAUGUAAUGGGGGGGCAGUUUGUCUCAUACCUCACUCCCGUGGGCGCUGCUGCUGCCAGCGCUGCUGUGGCAGCUGCUACUGCAGGGGCGGAUGGAGCAGAGUCUGCGUAUGAGAGGGUGUUUGGCGAUGGGGUCGGUGCGGGUCUUGAGGCGCCGCAAGGGAUGGACGGGCUGGGGUUGUUGCAAGGGCGCAUGGGAGCGCAGUAUCUGAGAUUGAUGAUGGGGGGUGAGCGGGUUAAAGAGGGAGGGAGCAUGCGCGCCCCUGUAAACGCCACUGAAAGACUGGGGCCAGCUGCUGCUGCUGCUGCUGCUGCUUGGGAAAAGGGGCUAUUUUACGGCAAAAACAUGGGGGAAUUUUCUCCUGAUAUACUCACAAGGGGGGCAGCAGCAGCGGCGGCAGCGGCAGCUGCGAGACGAGAGCAGUUGCAGCAGCUGCAGCAGCAGCAGCAAGAGGAGGAGGAGCAGCAGCUGCAGCAGCUGCUGUUGCUGCAGAAGCAGGAGGAACAGCUGCUGCUACUGGAACAGCAGAGGCUAGGGCUCGUGCCUGUUUUGGCCCCUGAGUCUGGCCCCGCGUCUGCGUCUGCGUCUGCGUCUGCGUCUGCGUCUGCGUCUGCUUCUUUAUCUUCGGCUGCUCUCCUUGCCUCUGCUCGUCUCCCUAUCUCAGCCCCAGCCCUUGCCUCGGCUGGUCUUCCUACCCUUCCAACUGCUCUUCCCUCUGUCCUCACGCAACCAGCAAUGGACGUUGCGCUGAAAGAAAGGGUUUUUGAGGUGCAUCAAAAAUCGCAAGCAGCGAUGGAUGUUGCGCUGAAAGAGCGGCUGCUGGGUGCGGGCAACGGGGGAGGGUGGGGAGGUGCGACUGCAGCAGCAACAACUGCGGCAGCAACAGCAACAACUGCGGCAACAGCAGCAAGAACGGCAACAGCGGCAGCAACAGCGGCAGCAGCAAGAGCACCAUUGGCUGACGAGCUGAGAGCAGGGGAGAUGAGAGCACUGGCAGCAGCACAGAUCCGAGCAGCAGCAGCAGCAGCAGCCGUAGCAGCAACAGCAGCAGCGGCAUCAGCAGCAGGUGCUGCUGCUGCAGGCACUGCAACAAGAGCAGCUGUCGCUCCGUCUGUGGCUCCAGCAGUGGCGUCAGCUGCAGCAACAGCAGCCGCAUUGGCGCAGCCAAGUGCAGCAGAGCUAAGAGCAGCGGCUAUAGCAGCAGCUGCUGGUGGUGGUGCUGCUGGUGCUGGCUCAGCAGCAUCAGCUGCAGGUGCUGCUUCAGCAGCAGCAGUAGGGACAGGCAUAGGAACAUCAGGCGCUAUGGCACGAGGGGUGUUUGCAUCAAGUGCAGCAUUGGCUGCAGGUACCUCUGCAGCAGCAGCAGCAUUUGGAACAGGCAUGGGGACAACAGCAGGAAUGGGAGGAGGGAUAUUAGCAGGGACAGCAGCAGGAAUGGGAGGAGGGAUACUAGCAGGGACAGCAGCAGUGGGUCUGGCAGGGGGAGGUUUGGCAGGGGGAGGUUUAGCAGGUGGAGGUUUGGCAGGGACAGCAGCAUUCUUGGCACGAGGCUUAUCUGGUGAAGGCAGCUCCCUGGGCGUGGUACCUCCCUCCCUGCUUUCACCCAUACUGCCAAACGUGCUGUCGCCCCUGCUGUCGCCCCUCGGCCUGCCACCUAUAGUGCCACCUGUAGUGCCACCUAUAGUGUCACCUCUAGUGCCACCUAUAGUGUCACCUAUGACAACAGGAACCAUGUCUGCUGCUGCUCUCGCUGCUGCCCCUCUCGCUGCUGCUGCUCUGUCCUCUGCUGCACUCUCCGCUGCCUCUCUGUCCGCGCUUCAGGCGUCUCUAGCCAAGCCAGCUGCUGCUCCUGCCGCUGCUGCUGCCACAGCAGCAGCCCUUGCCUCGUCCGCUCUCCUCCGCCCACUGUCUCAAGGCGUGCCUAAAUCCCCUAUAGUGAGCACAGGAGGAGCGUUUACUGCAUCUGCUGCUGCAGCAGCCGCAGCUGCUGCCUUCGAGCACUCUCAAGCCUAUCCUAGACCGCCUAUAGUGAGCACAGGAGCAGCGUUUACUGCAACUGCUGCUGCUGCUGCUCUAGCGUCUGCCGGCGUUCCCACGUGCCAAAUCCCCCUGCCACUGCAACAGCCGCUGCCGCUGCCAAUCACACGCGCACCCACUACGGCUGCUGCUGCUGCGUCCCUCACUCCUCUCUCCAACUCCAUUUUUCUCUCAGGAUCUUUUCCUCUCUCCAACCCUUCUCCUCUCUCCCAUUCGGCUCCUCUCUCUCACUCACUUCCUCUCUCUACCUCGUUUCCUCCCUCCCGCUCCACUCCUCUCUUGAACCCUCAAUCUGCACCCAUCUCACUAUCCGCGUCAGCAGCAGCGCUGGCAGCAACGGCGGCAGCGGCGGCAGCAGCAGCAUCAGCAGGGGUGACAGCAGCUUCUGGGGGAAAGCCUAGCCUCGCUUCCUCACUAGCCGCUGCUCUCCCUGCCUCACCCCCCAUCGAUCCCAUCAGCAGUCCCAUCUGGCACAUUAAGCCCAUCGGGCCUAUAGGUCCCCCUACAGGUCUUAUCCGCCCUAUAGGCUAUUCCGCUCCUCCUACAGGCCACACCUCUCCUAUGGGCCAUAUCCGACCUUCUCCCACCUCCCUGGCUUGCAAUCCUUCACUCAUGACGUCAGCUGUUCUCCCCAUGACGUCAGCUUCUAUAGCCAUGGGGUCAGCUACUCUUCCCAUGACGUCAGCGUUUAUUGCCGCAUCUGCUCCUCCUGUGUCGACCACCCCCUUCACCUCCCCUCCGCCCUCCUUGCCUUUUUCUUCCUCUCUGCCCCACUCAUCCUUCUCCCACCUCUCCUCCUCCCACCUGUCCACCUCUCACGUCGCCUCCUCUCACCUCUCCUCCUCACACCUCUCCUUCUCACACCUCUCCUCCUCUCACCUCUCCACCUCCCCAUCCCUCUCCCCAGCGGAGCUCUUUGCUGCUGAGGCGGCUCAAUGUAUGCCCACCACCAUGCGUCCUCCCUCCAUACCCCACCUUCCAUCUACCCUCGGCCCUCCCGUCCUCCUCCCUCCCGCCAUCACCACUCGUUCUCGCCCGCCCCUCACUCCUUGCACGUCGGCUGGCGCCUCCCGUACUCCCUCUCUCGCUCCCUUCGUCCCGCCCACCCUUGCUCCUCCACCUAUUCUCCCCCCUGGUGCUCCUAACCUGUUUACCUUCGCUCCUCCUCCCAUCAUUUCUGCCUUAGCUGCUUCUACCCUUGCUGCUUCCACCCUUGCUGCGGCUCCGCCCUCUUUGGCAGCACUCCCCACUGCUACAGCUGCCACAGCUGCUACGGCUGCCACUGCUGCCACUAUAGCUAGUGACAGUGUUGUUGAUGCUGCUACAGCCGGCACUGAUGCAGACACUGCUGCUACAGCUGCUGCGAUGAGUACCUGCUUUAGCUCUGCUACAGCUACUACAGAUGCUACAGCUGCUACAGGUGCUACAGGCGAGAGUCUGAGGGAGGUUCGGAGUGCAUCGCUGCUGUUCAGGGGCGAGGGGGAGGGGGACGAUGAGGCAUUCUGGCAGCAGCUGCUGAGGGAGGAAGACGGGUAGCGACAGGGCAUGAUCCUGCUGGUACCUUGGGCACUGCUGCUACAGCCUCUACAGCUGCGAGUGUGGUGCAGCAGGGUGCGUCAUUGCUGUUCAGGGGCGAGGGGGAGGGUGACGAUGAGGCAUUCUGGCAGCAGCUGCUGAGUGAGGACAGCUGGCGGCAGGGAACGAGCCUGCUGCGACAGAGGUUGUUUGAUGAGGCGUUCUGGCAGCAGCUUUUGGGAGAGGAGGGGUAGCUACAGGGCAUGAUCCUAAUGGGUCAACCAUGUUCCUGCCAUUUUUUCAACCGCAGCUGCUGCUGCAGUAGCCAUACGUAACAUCUCUUGUUGUGCUGCUUGUGAAUCUUGCUGUUAGUCGUCUUUUAGGCGUGUCUUCAAUUGAGAUGUCAUGCUUUUCUUUUCUGCGCAUAGGAGUUCCCUUGCCUUUGCAGGGACAAGGUGUCAAACAUAUUUGUAUAUGUCUUAUAGGCUAGAUAGGUGUGUACUCUUAGAGGGUACAACCCCUUAGACAAAACCAACCUGUUUGCAUCAUUCUAGUCAUUCAUUCUCAC